GCCGGUUCCGUGUUUGUUUCUGCUGCGAAAGUAUGGCUGAGCCGUUGGGCACUGAUAAUCCUGAGCGGGAUGAACAGUACCGGAGGUAAACGAAAAGGAUUUGGAACGGGAGGGUGAUUCUGCAUUUAAGGUUUACUUCUGAGCUAAGAUUCCAGAGCGUUUCUCCUUCCCCGGAUAAGAAAUGUGAUAACGCCGUUUCUCCUGGGCAAGUGGGAGUCAAGACUACAAUCCUAGCACUUGCCCUGUGGACUCAGUUGGUCUUGCUUCUCAAUACACCUGUGUAUGGUUACUUUGCGGAGAUGUGAUAUUCGAAAUAUUUAAUAACAGUUAUUUCAAUGAUUACUAGCUCACAUUUCAGGGUGCACAAGUUUCCUUGGCAGGUUGCAGCAGAUCUAAAAAAUGCAGUGUUAAAAUUCCAGGAUAUAAAACAGCAGCAAAAACAAUUAAUAGCGUUAAAAUAACAGCAGGUCAGAAAGUUAUUCAAAAAAAACAAUAGUAAAAUGUAGGUAGUCCUGCUGGCUUAUUUUUAUGAGGGGGAGGGGGGACCCAGUACAGAAUAGCUUUCCACCACUCAGAAUGUCCUGAAAGAUAGCAUACAGUGGUACCUCUGGAUGCGAAUGGGAUCUGUUCCGGAGCCCCGUUCGCAUCCUGAAGUGAAUGCAAUCUGCGCAUGCGCGGGUCGCCGCUUCCGCGUGUGACGUCAUUUUGAGCAUCUGCGCAUGCACGAGCUGCAAAACCCGGAAGUAACGCGCUCCAUUACUUCCGGGUCGCCGCGGAGCGCAACUCGAAAAUAUUCAUCCCAAAGCAUAUUAUGACUGUACAAGCUUUUUGAGUUCUUCAUGCUGGAUGUUAAAGGGUGUGUACAGAGUGUGUACAGAGAAAAAGCAGAAGCUCCAAAAUCUACCAUUUUUAAGAUACGCACUACAUGCAUUUAAAGCACAUUGCUUCCCCCAAAGAAUCAUGGGAACUAUAAUUUGUUAUGAGUAUUGGGAAUUGUAGUUCUUUGAGGGAAACUACAGUUCUCAGGAUUCCUUGUUGGAAGCCAUGUGCUUUAAAUAUGUGGUGUGCCUCUGCCCUAACAAUACAAUGUCCUCUCAGAAGUAUAUACAGUGGUAGCUCUGGAUGCGAACGGAAUCCGUUCCGGAGCCCCGUUCCCAUCCUGAAGUGAACGCAACCCUUGCUUCUGCACAUUCGCAUGGUGUCAUUUUGAGCGUCUGCGCGAGUGACGAAACCCGAAAGUAACGCGUUCUGUUACUUCUGGGUCACCACGGAGUGCAACCCGAAAACGCUCAACCCGAAGCUGCUUCAACCUGAGGUAUGACUGUAAAUCAGUGAAUUCAAUGGUACUUACUCUCAUAGGACUGCAGCCUUAAUCAGGUUAGGUUCUGCUUGGUGUAAAAAAUAUUUCAAGAUGCACGGAAAGCUGCUGAGGCAAAGAAGCAACAUUCCUCGAUAUUUUGAAAAUAUAAAAUCUACCAAGUAUCUGCUAAAUCUCCAGCUUUGCAAAUAUAAGGAUUACUGUGUUGGUGUUUUUACUUCUGCUCACUUUAAGUUCCUGAUUGUUCCUUUGCAAUCACAUCUGUACCUGCCCCACAACCUUGUGUUCAGAUUAGGACCCAUACUGGGCCUAAUUAGAACCAGAUGUUGGGCCAGAGGUUUCCCAUUGCUGAUAAAAGCUCAAUGGCAUGGUUAAUCCUGUGAUUUGGCCUUUUAAAAAAGAGAGAGACUUUUGGUGGUGUCACUGCAGUUCUGUAAGACCCUAUCUGUGCUACAGAUUUAAGCACUAUCAUAUAAGCUGAAACUACUAUGGCUUCCCCUAAAGACUUCUGAUGGUGCUGAGAGUCUCCUGAUUCACUUCACAGAGUUGUUAGAAGACCCCUAUUUUCCUCAUAGAGCAACAUGGGUUCCCUGGGAAGAGGGAUUGCUAUGAGGAAAACAGGGAUCUUCUAACAACUCUCAACACCCUUAACAAUCUACAGUUCCCAGGAUUCUUUAGGGGAAGCCAUGACUAUUUAUAGAGCUUAGAGCUUUAAAUGCAUAGGUCAAGUGGGGUCUUGUGGAACUGCGCUGACACCACCCAAAAUACUGUGUCCUUGGGCAGAUGAGGCCUAAUUCUCUCUGGAGAAACUUACCAAAACUUACCAAUUUUUCCAACACAGUCCUAUUUAGUCUACUCAAAAGCAAGUCCCAUUGAGUUGAAGUGAUCUUUGGGUGUUAGAUGGAAUAAGGCAGUUGGGAACAGGGUCUGGGCAGAAAUUGCAGAAAUGUCCAGGAAAAUCCAGACGUUUGGCAACCCAUGUUAGAAAUCUAGAUUUUGGUGAAUUUCCUUAAAAAUAGCUCAAAAACUGCAAUAUUUUUGUUGCUGAGAUUUUGCAAAACAAGCUCAACAACUUUGACAAAAGAAAAAAGCUCAACAACUUUUGUGUUUGGUUUUCACUUUUUGAAAUAUGGCAACCCUAGUGUUGAACAUCUUUUUAUUCCACAAAGGUUUUAAUAUUUUAUAUUUAUUUAUUUAGAAACUGCUUAAUCAAACAAAUCUUUAAGCAGUGUGCAUAAAACAAUUAUCAGUAACACACAAAUGAAUUCAGCAAAUAUUGGUAGACUAAUAUGUGUCUGGACAGGAUUUCUUAAUUAAAAAAAAUGGUUUUAGCAGAUGUCUAAUAUCAGAAAGCAAGGCUAUCUGUCUAGCAUUGACUGGAAAGGAAAGCAUACAUGGUGCCACGCUGAAAGAUAAACUCCCAGCAAAUGCAGAAUGAACAUUAUAUGGCACUUAUAGAAGUGCAAGUUCUGCAGAUCAAAGUGUUUGAGCUAGAACACAUGGAGCAAGUAAAUGAUACUAGUAAACUGCUCCCAAAUUUUUAUAUAAUUUCUAAUGCUGUGUGUGAGUGGUCUCUGAGUUUUUAGAGCUAUUGUGUUUAUCUCUUUGAUAUUUGAUUUAUUUUUAUUAUUAAAUUUGUGAUUUUUGUAGCUCACUACAUACUGUUUGUGUGUGUGUGUGUGUGUGUGAAAAUAAAUAAACAAUAAAUGACAGUUGUUUUGUAGGCAUGCUAUAUUGUGUGAAUCAAAUGCAUGGAUGCUACUGUCCUUCCUACAUUUUAAGACCCUGAGUUCAUUUUUGCGGGGUAUUUCUGACUCUUCAAACUUUAUAUUUUGCAGAUUUGUCUCCCAAGCAAAGCAGGAAGCAAAAAAUGGCAAUCUGGAGGAAUCUCUCUGCCUUCUGAGGAAGGCGCAUCAAAUCUAUCCCUGUGAAAAGCUGACAAGAAAAAUUAAAAAAGUUGAGGAAGCAUUAGCUUCACUAGCCCUGGAUCAGGAAGAUGAUGUCUUUGUGGACGUCUGUCAGAGUGGACUAAUGUUGUUUGGAGAAAUACAUGACAAGCUAUUUGACCACCAGAGAGAAGGAGUUGCCUUCUUAUACAGUUUAUACCGCAAUGGAAGGAAAGGCGGUAUCCUUGCAGAUGACAUGGGCUUGGGGAAAACCAUUCAGAUCAUUGCUUUCCUCUCGGGCAUGUUUGAUGAAGAACUCAUUCGGACUGUGCUGUUAAUUAUGCCACCUAGCCUUUUGAGCAACUGGCUUAAAGAGUUUGCCAAGUGGACUCCUGGGCUGCGAGUGAGUAUCUUUCAUGGACCCAACAAGUAUGAAUGUGAGAGAAAUCUAAAGAGGAUCCAGAAGAGGAGUGGUGUCUUGCUCACAACUUAUCAGCUGGUCCUCAGCAGUUGGCAGCAGUUAUCGAGCUUUGAUGGGAAGGAGUUCGUCUGGGACUACGUCAUCCUUGAUGAAGCUCAUAAAAUUAAAACACCAUCUGCCAAAACGACAAAAUCUGUGCAUGCUAUCCCUUCUCAAAACCGCAUCCUGCUCACAGGCACUCCAGUCCAAAACAACCUAAAAGAACUCUGGGCUCUUUUUGACUUUGCUUGUCAGGGAUCGCUUCUAGGCACGAUGAAAACCUUCGGGAUGGAAUACGAAAAACCUAUCAUAAGAGCCAGGACAAAGAAUGCAACCCAGGAAGAGAAAGCACUGGGACUUAAGAUCUCUGAAAACCUGAUGUCCAUAAUCAAGCCAUAUUUCCUAAGACGGAGUAAAGAUGAACUACAGAACAAAGCUAAGCCUGAGCUUAAAAUCAGUCUCCCAGAAUAUCAGAGCAAGACUGUUGCUUCUGAAAUGCCUUCUCUGCCCAGAAAAAAUGACUUCAUUGUGUGGGUAUACUUAUCACCCAUACAAAAAGAAAUAUAUAGGGACUUUCUGUCUUUGGAUCAUAUCCAAAAGUUGUUAAUGACCACAAGGUCCCCACUUGCUGAACUGAAUGUCUUGAAGAAACUCUGUGAUCACCCCAGGCUGUUGUCAGCACAAGCAUGUAGCAAACUUGGUCUGGAAGCUCCCAAUUAUAAUCUGGUGGAUGGUGAUGAAAAUGAAAAUGAUGAGCCUUCCAGCAUGAAGAGAAACCUUAGGGACAUUUUGGAUGAGACUCUGAUGGCAGAAUCAGGAAAGCUCUGCUUCCUCAUGGCCCUGCUGGAAAGAUUGCAGGAGGAGGGGCACAGAACACUGGUGUUUUCUCAUUCAAGAAAAAUGCUGGAUAUUAUAGAGCGCAUCUUAACUCACAGGUGCUUUAAGCUAAUGCGCAUUGAUGGAACAGUAAGCCAGUUGGAGGAGCGAAAAAGGAGAAUUAGUGUCUUUCAGAAGAGCAAAGAAUACUCUGUGUUUCUGCUUACUACCCAAGUCGGUGGGGUUGGUCUAACCUUAACAGCAGCUACCAGGGUGGUGAUUUUUGAUCCUAGCUGGAAUCCAGCUACAGAUGCUCAAGCUGUAGACAGGGUUUACAGGAUAGGGCAGAAGGACAAUGUUGUAAUCUACCGGCUAAUUAGCUGUGGGACAGUGGAGGAGAAAAUCUACAGAAGGCAAGUAUUCAAAGACUCAUUAAUCCGACAAAGCAUGGGAGAUAGGAAAGACCCAUACAGAUAUUUCACUAUGCAAGAACUAAGGGAGUUGUUCACACUGGGAGACACUCAAAGCUCAGUAACACAGCUCCAGCUUCAGUCUUUGCAUGCAAGCCAAAGAAAAACAGAUAAGCAGCUGGACAAGCACAUUGCGUAUCUCCAUUCACUGGGUAUAUUUGGCAUAUCAGACCAUGACUUAAUGUACACACAUGAAGCGGUUCAUGGAGAUGAAGUUGAGGAUGAAGAAGUCCUCAUGGACAUUGAACACAGGGUACAGAAAGCCCAAGAGCUGGUACAGCUGGAAUCCCAGCUAAAGGACCAACUGAUGGGAAACCUCCGAAACACGACUGAAGGGGCAUGGCUGAGAGAUAUGGAAUUGUCCACCCAGCCAAAUAAAAAGCCAUCAAAGCCUUCUCCGAAUUAUGCUCUCGUCCCACCUGUAACUGAUGAACCCACAAGCAGUGAGAAUAUCAGUCUUGUAGGUGGCAGUGAUGAUGACAUUGUCAAUGUGAGUUCUAAGAUGACAGAGCUACUUAUUGAGGAGGAUGAACAAGUGCUUCAGAACAUAACUAAUAUGGAUAUCUCUGCAUCCAUGAACGAAGAAUGCAAACCAGCCAGUCCACAAGAAGUAACUCCUAUAUCUUCUUUUACUCAAGAUCAUUCAUUAUCUUACAAGGAGAACUGCAGCCCUGCAUGUCAGGUGGCUUCCCAUGACCCACCUGCUGAGGCAAAUGGCAAGUUUAACGAUGCCCAAGUGGCCCCACUACAGCAGUCAUUUCACUAUGUGCCUGAUGAUGAUCUACAAACUACUCAAAACCAUGAUCAAAGUCAUGUAUCCUCUUCUUCUCAAGCUCACUUGUCUUUCCAGGUAAACUGCAGUUCUGAACUUCAAACAAUCUGCCAUGACCCUCCUGUCAAGGCAAAUGGCAUGCUUACUGAUAUCCAAGGGGUCCCAUUGCAGCAGUCAUCAGAGUAUGUGUCUAACCAUGUCAAGCAACAAGGCGAGACUGACAUGUCUCUCGAUGUUCCUACAAGUCCACAUGGAGAGGCAGGUGAAGUUGCUGAGCCAGGUGCCUCAGAAGCAUUUCAACUGCAGACCAGUAAAAUGUCAGACCUCAGUUUUGCGCAGAAAUCUGGAAUGAGUGUAAUAAUGGUUGAUGAGGCUCUAUCUGGUUCUCCCCAGUGUGAUUUCAGACUUGUCUUAGAAGAUUCCGAGGAUCAGUUGCAAGAUAUCUCAGGAGUGGAAAUGUCAUUGAAGGAUACAGAGAACACAAGAUUUCCACUGAAUAGCCACUGUAGCUCUUCGGCUCACUCUUGGCUUCAGGAAAAUUCAGACAACAGAAGUCUCCAAGCCAGCAAAAGUAUAAUGGGAUCUAUGGUUAUUGGGGGCUCUGAUGAUGUGUCGAUGAACAACAGUGAGCUUUCUUUUCAGCAUAAAAAUAUGCCCGUUAAAAAAAUUGUUUCAGAUAGUGAAGAGGAUGACGAUUGUUUUAUAAUUGAUUGGGAUGAUAGUAAACACAGACAAGGAUCUCCCACAAACAAACUACCUGAUAUCAUGUCAACGCCAAAGUCUAAAUUGUCCACAACCAGCCUUUGUUUCUCUCCUAGGAUAAUAGUUAGUGGAAGAAGAUCAACCGCUUCUCGAAAAUCCCUUGCUAGUAUCCUAUUGGAUCAGGUGGAGGACAUUGCAGAGACCAUUGAAUCCACCAGUUAUAUGUCUUGUGAAGAUUCUUUUAAGCUUUACCUUGAAGGAGAAAAAACUCUGGACAAUUGUGAUUAGGAGUUGGAGCGGCUGGAAAAGGAGCCGUCCAGUGAAAUGAUAGAGUCUGAGAGCAAAGCUAGAGUUUUACUACAGCAGUUUCCAGAGUUUUUAUACUGUUAUACUCACCCCUUUUAUGGUAACCUUUUAUUGAUUCCUUUCAGAGCAGAUUUGCAUCCAAUCACAGCAGUGGAAAGAUGAACCUGCACCUUGAGGAAAUUGCUUCUGACAUUGAUCUGUAACAUUUAAGUCCCAACUUCUUUCACUUGGAGUGUAUGUAUGUCUCUCUCUCUUUUGUAAAAACUAGCUGUUAAGAUUUUAAAAUAAACCUGGUUUAACUUUGAAA